AUGAGUUUGGCCGGAGAGCUGCAAAAUAUUUUGCAGAAAUUGCGUAUUUCCGACGAUGAUCGCUCCAAGUACACUGAGGAUGCUGUUGAAAUCCAAAAUCAUGUGAUUGAGAAACUAAAGUUGGCAGACAACAAUUUUCGCACGGCUUUUGAUGGUCUAAGCCUUGCAGGAAGCUACUUGGACAGGGUGAAAUUGAAGACUCCUGAUGAAUUUGAUUUGCAUAUGAAGUUGAAAUUUCCAUUCCCAAUUACACCCAUAAAAGACGAGAAAGGAUUCGUGUUCUUGCGUGCAAUUGGCGCCAAUCAUCCUAUUGUUACCGACAAUUACAUAGAUCGAAAAAAUCUUCAAAAUUGGCUACGCGAUGCAUUCAAUAAGGUUUUCAACUCAAAGCAAAGUGUUCAUUGCAAAACUGGAGAAGUAUAUGAAUUAAUGUACACGGCCCAGGGCUACGGAUGUGCCCACACCAUUGAAGCUGAAGGGAAGAAUCGGAACAUAUCGUUCGAUUUGGUGCCAGCAUUCGAGUUCACUUGGGCCCAGUGGCCGUUGGUCAAGCCAUGCAUUUACAACGGCCGUAAGAAGGAAAUACGUAAGUUUCCAUGGUUCGCUGUACCCCAAUCCAAAAAAGGCUCAACGGACGAGCGAACCUUUAUGGUAUGUGCCCCGCAUUGGGAACGCCAGAUAACGAAGGAUUUGGAUAACUUCAAAAAUGUUUUACGUCUGAUGAAGGGAUUGCGCGACGCUCAUGCGACUGAUCUUCCCCAUCUAUCAAGUUACAUGCUCAAAACAGUCUUGCUUUCUCGACUGGGAAAUACUGCAUGGAACGGAGAUUUAACAACUCUCUUUAUUCAGAUGUGGGAGGCUUUGUAUGUUUGUCUAACAAACGGAGAACUGAAUUUCUUUUUGGCAAGUGGACAUAACAUUUUUGAUCGUAUGAGUCAUGGAGAACUCGACAGAUGCAGAGGUACAGCACAUUUUUUACUUUUAACGCUUAAAUUCAUUGAAAUUUUCUAA